AUGAGGAAUAUGAAGUCAAAUAAAAUCAAUAGGAUUAAUCCUCUAUUGAUUAAUAAAACAAUGAUGAAUGGAUAAUUAAAUAGGGUUUAGUAUUAACUAUAAUAUAGAUUUCAUUGAAUAGCUUCACAGAAACAAUUAAUCAAUUUUGUUAACAAACUCUCAUUUAAUUAUGGGUCUGAGAAAAAGAUUAAAGAGUUAGAAAUUUUUUUGAAAAAUUAACACUUAAUAAGUUUAUAGAUGUAAAUUUUGUAAAAAGAUUGGUAGACUUUACAUGAUAGAAUUGCAGGAGAGAUGUAACAACUGCUGAAGAAGAUUGAUGAAUUGUAAGAAUCAAUUACCCAGGAGGCAAAUCUUAACAAAAGAGAGCUAUAAUUGAAAGAAAUAGAUGAAACAACUCAGCAUUUGGAUGAAUACAUUUAAAAUAUCAGCGAAAUGGGUUAAUAACUCAGUUUGGUAACUGAUUUUGUAAAUCAUAUCAGAAAGGGUUUGUUAAGAGUUGAGGGAAAAAUAAAUCAAAUAAAAAAGCAGCUCAACAACAUGGGGAAUGAUAUUAAAUUUUUGAGAGGAAAAGCAGUUAUAUAAUUACUUGAAAUUAGAAAAUGGAAAGUGUUGAAGGAAGCAGCAGAAAAAAAUGUUAAGUCCAUCUAUAUACCAUUAAAAACUUAAGAGAGAGGUAAAAAUGAGAUCAGUAAUUUGAUGAAAAAGAAGGAGAAGUGA